ACUUUACGCGAAAUUAAAAAAAACAAACAAACAAGGUCAGAAGUGUUUCCAGCAUUUUGACAUUCUUUUGUAUCGUAAUAACGAAAAUACCAUACUAGGAUGAAUGAGGUGAUAAUAUGUCCUACAGAUUUUAAAUAAUAUACCUGUGUACAUAUAAUGUUUUAUGUAUAUAACCCAAUUUACAAGAACAUGAAGCAUUAAUACUGGUUCUAGUAAAAACUGAUGGACUUUAGAAGUUCUUAUUUAAGAUUAUUUUGCAACCAUGAGUAAAAGCAUUCUCAAUAAGGUACAUAUUUUUUAUAGUGCACAUACAUCAUUGACAUUAUACAUGGAUCAAAUAUUAAGAAAUAUUUUCUUUAUUUUAAUUCUGAUAACUUGUAACAAUUUCAUUCUCAGUUUUUGUAAUUUAAGUAAAUGACCUUCAGUAUAUAAAUGAAUCUUGUUAUGAUAUUUUUAGUUUAUAGUUAGUGCAGCUUAUUUUUCAAAGAAUUUGGAAGCUUAUUAAAUAUUCACAGUUUUCCAUUUCAAAAUUUUUAUCUACUACUACCCUACUCCAAGCUACAUAAAGAAACUCCAACAAAAUUUUCCUCUCCUUGAACAUAAUACUAUCAACAGUUAGAAAGUUUAACAUUUUUAAUUAGAUUUUCUUAUUGAAACCAUUAUUUGAUUUUUUACUAAUAUGUUAAUUUCAUAAGUUUUUUUUUUCCACAGCUAAUAUGUACUUGUAGCCAGAUCUUCAAGUUUGACGGAUGCCAUCUCACUUAUUCUCAUAAGCUCCCAUAAAAUGAGUAUAAGAGCCCCUGUUAAGUCUGUCAUGACACUCACUUUUCAUGCAAUCAGCUGUUCUUUGUUUACACACGACAAGCUCAUAGAUAACUUCAUGUGACCCUGUUGGCUGCUAUCAAUGUGGAAAACAAAUGAGUUGUUGGAGAAUAAAACAACAUUGUUGAUGAAAGAAGCUGAAGAAGUGAUGAAUCAGAGGCAUGCUUUAAAGCUUCCUAGUAUUACACACCAACAUAUUCAGACAUCUAGAGUCUCAAACUCAUGUUGUAAAGAUAAAAUAAUGGAAAACAUUCAGAGUGGAUCGGUUUCAAAUACUGGUGAAGAAGAACUUGAAUUAUUCCACCAGCAGUGUGAAAAACAUGUAGGAAAAGAAAAAGUGAUGAGUUUCUUGAAGACUGAGCUACAAAUGUUGAAAGAUCAUCAUGGGAAACUUUUAAAAGAUUACAAAGAAAUGGAAAAAUCAUUGAAAAAACUAGAAUUACAACUGAAAGAAACAGAACAAAUGAAAACAAAAUAUCUUAAGGAUAACAGCAUGAAGGAGAAGCAGUUGGAUAAGUGCCAGUGUUUAAAUAAAGACCUCCAAGCCAAAGUUGAUUGCUUAGAUAUUGAAUGUAAGACACUGAAAAAGGAAUUAGAAGUAAUCAAACAUGAUCAAAAGCAAGCUGACUUGGCAAAGAAGGCCACAGAAACACAACUGAAGCAUGCUUUGGAAAACUUGGAAAAGUAUAAGAGUGAAUUACAGCAAGAAAGGGGCAAGAUAAAGGAAAUUACUGAAACAGGAGAUAAAAACUUAGAAGAUUUGAAGGAAAAUAAUCAAAUAUUAAAAAAACAGAAAGCACAGUUAUUAGAAGCUUUCCAUAAACAGAUGAAACUUAUUGAUAUCCUUAAAAAACAAAAGAUGCAUCUUGAAGCAGCAAAAGCUCUCCAGUUCACAGAAAAGGAAUUCAUGAAAGCACUGGAGUGGGGAAGUCAUUAAGAAUGCAAAACUGAAUAUAGUGAUCAGAAGUUUAUGAAAUAUUCUAGUAUACAUUUUUUUUUGUAUGUAUAUUUUGUGAUAUUUUUAAGUUUUAUAAAAAAUUACAAUACUUAUUAUUUGAAAUCUAGCAUAUUGUUAAUUUUCUAAUGCAUUAUACUUUACGGGUAGAUGUACAGAAUAAUUUCCCAACAGUCAUAAUGUACAAUGUAUUUGUGUUGUGCUUUGUGAAAUGCAAUUUGUAUAUCAUAUAGUGCUGUUACAUCAACAAGCCAUACAUCACUAAAUUAUUAUUGGUUGUCAAACUAACUGAAAGUUUUUUCUCACACUACACUGCAAAAUAUUUUUCUGUAGAGAAUGAUAUUGCAAUUGAAAUUAGUUAAGUUAUAAACUGAAAAUGAAUUAAGAGUUGUUUUUUGUUUUAUAUUGUAGACGUAUGAACAGCAAGUCUGUUAAAACAUUUUUUUGUAACAAAGACUGCAUAGAUACAGUGUUUUGUAUAAAAAAAUGCACCUACCAUCUCUAUCAAGUUUUGCAGGAACAUGCUGCUGUGAACAAUAGAUAUUACUAAUGAUAUGAAAUGGCAGUAAAUGUAUGUUAGAAAAAAUACUCUAAUUUAUCUAAUGCUCGUUUAUUAACUAACAUAGUUAUGUUAAAAUGAAAGCAUCCCCUAAUGGGUCAGUAGUAACUUUAUGAACUUUCAAUGUAAAAUGAAUAGAAGUGAUAAGUGAUAUUGUAAAAUAUAUUUAGCAAAUAAAGUGUGAGAGUCAGAUAA